AUGAGUCCCCGAAAGCGAAUUCGAGCGAGCGUGUCCGAUAUCGCCUCACAGGGCGCAAAGGCAGCUGGAACUGCAGAACUCGACCAUGCGUGGGCUUCUGCUGUAAUGGCAAAGAGCUCUAACGGCUCGGCGGGGCCCAGCGCGGCCGAAGGCUCCAGCAAUGCGAGGCGACGCGUCUCGCUCGGUGACGCGAAAUUUGGACCCCGGGGCUGGUACGGAUCCUGGCCUCGUACGGGAAAGUCGGGCGCAUCCACGCAGCUGGCAACCGACCCGAUCCUGGGGGGCACAGUGAACCCGAGAUCGCUGCCGGACUUCAGUCGCUACGACAUACGCAAGGCUACGGCCAACACGGACGGAACCGGCACAGGCGGGCCAUCAAGGAUGCACCAGUCCGUGGAGUUGCCGCCGCAUGUCUCCCCGUUGGCGGUGAGCCCGGUCCGGGUGGAUUCGGCAGUUUCGCAGCCGGAAAGCGUGCCGACCCCUGUCUCUACCGCCACAACGCUCGCUGAUGCACAGAUAGUCGACCAGCCCGACACUGUCGCUAAAGCAGGCGCAUCGGCUUCACAAGGAGUUGAAGUCAACCCCCCUGUGCCCGCAGCAGCACCAGCAUCGGGUUGGUUCUCCUGGCUUAGCAGGCCUGCACGUAUGGAAGAAAGCCAAGCCGUUCCAGCUCCGGCUCCGGCUUCAGCUCCGGCUUCAGCUCCGGCUUCAGCUCCGGAACCUGCCGUGAUUGCAUCGACGAGUCUGCCGAAAGAAGACGAGGAACAGCAACCGCCCGAGGCGCUAGAUACACCGAAACCGGCUGUUGACGGCAGGACGGUGGCCGGGCGCAUGUGGUCGUAUAUGUGGUACGGCAAUGCGCCAUCUUCUUCUGUCACGACACAACCUGAAGCACAGAACAGCAAGGAUGCUGCAAUACCAGAAACAAGAACGGACGGAGGGUCUGGGGACGCCACGAUGGAGGACACACCAUCGGCUCCGAUUCCAGUGCCAGCGGCCUCCACGGUCCCCGACAACGGGCAGGGCAGGGCAGCAGGGACACCGGGCUCCAUGGCCCCAGUCGCCGCAUCGUCAGGCUCUACGUGGGCAUUCUGGUCGCGGGAUGCGCGUACCAAAGUGGCCGGUAAGACAUGCAGCUCACUAGAACAGGGCGAAAUAGCCGUCAUUGGCGAGCGGUCAGAGGCUGACCCGAAGCCGGCUUCGGGUGUGGAAGGGAGGAGACCUUCAUCCAUUGCACCGUCUCUGAAAGAUGUGCCGACCAGGGAUACGAUGCCCAGGGACACAUCGAAAAAGGGCAAAAGGCCGCGGCCGAUGGAUGUGAGUGACGAGAUGUCGUCGGGUUCGUCAACACCCAGGCCUGAGGCAUCUCCCAGGGGUGAGUCUUCAUACUCAAAGCAGACAACGGCCGGGAAGCAACCACAAGCGCGCCUGCAGCCAUCAGUGAACCUUCUCCUUCCGUCCUUUCAGAACACAUACCGGCUCAAGCAGGACACAUCCAUCGUGCGACAGGUCACGCGCUUUUUGACGCGAGCACACCAACCGCCUGUAACGCACGUGUAUCUCAAGACAGACCUGCCGAAGAUCAAUAAGGCCGUGGCCAUUGGAGUGCAUGGGCUGUUUCCGGCUGCAUACUUGAGGCCGGUAAUUGGCCAGCCGACAGGAACGUCGAUCCGGUUCGCCAAGCACGGGGCCGAGGCAGUGAGACGUUGGGCGGAUGCACAUGGCUGCAAGGAUUGCGAGAUCGAGAAGAUUGCGCUGGAGGGAGAAGGCAAGAUUGCCGACCGGGUAGACAACCUGUGGAAGCUACUGUUGAACUGGGUUGAUCACAUACGCGGAGCCGACUUCGUCAUCCUCGCAUGCCACUCGCAGGGAGUGCCGGUAGGCAUCAUGCUCUUGGCCAAGCUCAUCGAGCUUGGGAUGGUCACGACAGCGCGAGUCGGUGUCUGUGCAAUGGCUGGCGUCUCCUUGGGCCCGUUCCCUGACUACAAGUCUGGUCUUGGCAUCCUAAUGGGGUCUGCGGGCGAGCUCUGGGACUUUGCCAAUCCAGAGAGCGAGAUUUCCAAGCGGUACGAACACUCGCUGAAGACAGUGUUGGAAUACGGUGCACGCGUCACGUACGUUGGCAGCAUCGACGACCAGGUUGUGCCGUUAGAGUCCGCCUUGUAUUCCCCAGCGCAUCACCCGUAUCUCUAUCGAGCCGUGUUUGUGGAUGGGCGGAUCCACGCUCCAGAUUUUCUUGCCGCCUCACAUGCCCUGGAGACUGCAGAUGUGGGCGCAAUCAAUUGCGAGGUCCGGGAGCGUGGUUCGCUCACGAAUCCUAAUCCGUACCACUUGCCGUGGAUGAUGCGCGGCAUGCUCGAGGAAGAGUAUGUCAAGACGGAGCUGUCUGCUGAGACGGCCGAACUCCUGAAACAGUUUGACGAAUGGAGGCCGGUGACCAAGGCGUUGAAGGACGUGAAAUACAGACUCGAGGCAGUGCGGUCCAAGCUUUAA